AUGAUGUGGAGUUUGCCUACAAGUAGUCUAUAUCGCGAAGCCCUGAAGCAAUCAGCAGUUGAUCCUGUUACUGGUAAAGUGGAUGUUAAUAUUCUGGCUGCUGGAAUGAGUGCUACGAGCAGGAAGAUGGUUCAGCAGGUUGCUGAUGCGAUAGCUAGCCAUCUUGACAGCACUAAAGGUGUCAACAUUUCUGCGAAGAGCCUCUUUAUGGCUCUUAGACAGAAAGAUAAGAUGUUGAAUCGUGACAUAUUCGACGAGGCAUUGAAUGAACUGGCCAAGAAGGAGGUGAUCGUCAGAACUGGGGAGAGAAUUCGUUACUUAACAGUGAAGAACUAA